UAGCAUUGUUGCGACAACGGGCAGGUGAUCGAUUCCCUCUACUUGAACAUGGCCAACUCCAAACCCAUCUUUUGUGCCACGCACCCACGUGCCUGUAGCACGGCAUUUGAAAGGGUGUUUAUGACCAGGAAAGAUCUUACAUGUGUCCACGAACCUUUCGGGGAUGCAUUUUACUAUGGCCCAGAAAGGGUCGGCAGUCGCUAUGAAAAAGAUGAAGAGGCCCGGAAAGCAACCGGCUUCACCAACUCUACCUACAAAACAAUCUUCGAUCGCUUGGAUCGUGAAGGAGCAGAUGGGAGAAGACUUUUCAUCAAGGACAUGAUUUGUUACCUGGUACCACCAGAUUCGCAGCCACCAAAAAUCGCGCCAUCGUUGCAUACCAAGAAACGGGGCAUUGGUACCUCGAACGAUACCAAUGGAGUCCAUUACGAGGGUCAACCACCCUUCCCCUUUGCAACUUAUGCAGAGGAUGGCAAUCCCUCAAUUAUCCCUCGUGAGCUUCUGGAAAAGUUUCAUUUCACCUUCCUCAUCCGCGACCCUCAUUCGAGCAUUCCAUCUUACUGGCGUUGCACAAUUCCUCCUCUGGAUGACGUCACCGGCUUCUACGAAUUCUAUCCCAAUGAGGCUGGUUACGAUGAACUCCGUCGCUUCUUCGACUUUGCCAAGGACACGGGAUUGGUGGGCCCAAAAAUCACUGGACAGCAGAAUGGAAUCCAGAAUGGAACCAAUGGAGAGACUGGAAAGGUCGACAUAUGUCUGGUCGAUGCCGAUGACCUCCUUGACGACCCUGAAAGCAUCAUAAAGCAGUACUCCGAGAGCGUUGGUCUUGAAUACUCGCCACGGAUGCUGAAUUGGGACAAUGAUGAAGAUCAAAAACGUGCUCACGAUGCAUUUGAGAAGUGGAAAGGUUUCCACGAUGAUGCGCUCAAUUCCAAGGACCUCAAACCCCGAGCCCACAAGAAGGCGAAAAAGACCGAAGCUCAAUGGGAUGCCGAAUGGGUCGAGAAGUAUGGAGAGAAGGGAGCCAAGAUCAUCCGUGAGACGGUCGACAAGAAUAUGCCUGAUUACCUGUACUUGAAGCAAUUUGCAUUGAAACCAUGAGCGGCGAGGAGGAGGCCAGGCUGAGGCUCCUUGCAACCAUCGUCAGUCUGUCACGGUUGGGCAGCGGCCCCACGCC